GUGUCUUGAGGCGGUGGGGGCGUGGCUGCCGCCCGGAGGGGGGCGUGGCCGGAGCUGGCACCGCCCCGCUCCCCGCGGGCCCUUAUAGCGGCCGCCGGCGGCGGCCCCGCGGCCCCGACCAUGACCCUGCGGCGGCGGCGGCGGCGGCUCCCGCCCGGGGAGGAGGCGGCGGCGGCGGCGGCGGCGGCGGCGGCAGCCCCGGGCCCGGCGCCCCCCGACGUCUACCGGGCGCUGGCGGCCGCCGGCGGCACCCUGCCCCGAAUGCGCAAGGGCGCCGGGAGCAGGCGGCGGUCGCCGCGCCAGUCCCCCGAGGAGCGCAGGCGGGUGGUGACCCUGGAGAAGAAGGCGGAGGAGGCGUUCGGCUUCGAGAUCCAGACCUACGGGCUGCACCACCAGGAGAAGAACAGCGUGGAGAUGUUCACCUUCGUGUGCCGGGUGCACGACGGCAGCCCGGCCGCCGUGGCGGGGCUCAAAGCCGGUGACACAAUCACGGGGGUGAACGGGCUGAACGUGGAGGGCAUCCGGCACCGUGAGAUCGUGGAGAUCAUCAAGAGCUCCGGCGACGUGCUCAGGCUCGCCACGCUCUACGGGACCUCGGUGCGGAGGGCCGAGCUGGAGGCCCGGCUGCAGUACCUCAAGCAAACCCUCUAUGAGAAGUGGGGCGAGUACCGCUCGCUGAUGGUGCAGGAGCAGCGGCUGGUGCGCGGUGUGGUGGCCAAGGACCCCAGCAUCUACGCCACGCUGGAGUCGCUGCGCUGGUGCCUGCGGGGCGCGGGGCUGCCCGGCGCCGGCGGCAGCAGCUCGCCCCGGCUCAGCGCCGGCAGUGACGACUCGCUCUACCAGACCUGCGUCUUCGACUCGGCCGAAUCGCUGGAGGGUGACGGCGACGGCGCCGCGCCGGCCCGGUUGGCCCUGUCCCGCAGCACCAGCCUGCGGGGCACUGCUGGGGCUGGGGGGCCACCCUGGCCCCCCGCUGCUGCUGCCCCCCGCAAGGGCAAACACUGCAGCUUCCGCCGGUGCCUGCUCAAGUUCAUCCCGGGACUGAACCGCUCGCUGGAGGAGGAGGAGAGCCAGCUCUAGGGCGCCCGGCCCCGGACCCUAUUUAUUUAUUUAUUGCAAGGGCUGAGCCCCCGCGCUCACGGGGUGAACGUUGCACCUGGGCGGCUGCGUGGGGCUGCGCUCGGGUGCACCCUCGGGGGGUCCCCCCCCCCACGGCAGCUCCUGCCUUGGCCCCGCGCACCAGCGAUUACCCCGGGGCGCCCGUGAGGAAGCCGGGCCGCGGGGAGGAGGGGGCAGUGCUCGGCCCGCCCCAGGGCUUUUCCCUGGAAAUGUCGCUGCUCUGCCUCGGGAGCCCUCCCCUUCCUGCUGUGUGAGCGGCGUCGCGGGGGGCCCGGUGCCCUGAGGGGGGGCUGUACCACGUCCCCCCAAUACAGAGACUCUUUGCA